CGUGGCAGAAAAGGAAAGCGAAAGCUCCCUGGGACUUUCGCUUUCGUUGCUUCUGCAGAACCUCCGAGCCCCCCAGACAAUAGGCCACCCUUCCUGUCCCGUCCAUUUUCGGUAUCCUGCUCAGUGCCCUGUUCCUUGUUCCCUCUGGAUGGCUCGGCCCCUGCUAACGUAACGCAGGGGUGCCAGCGUCUUGCCGGGAGCUGUCCCGGGUGCCACGCUUAGACUCGCUCCCUGGGUGCUUUAUCCCGAGGUGCGGUCCGGGGAAGGAAGACAAGUGCAAGGCCAUGGCAGAGCCAGGUGGCCCCUUGCGUCUGCGGGACUGGCUGGUGGCUCAAAUUGAAAGCGGCCGCUAUCCCGGGCUCCGCUGGGAGAACCGAGAGAAGACCAUGUUCCGCAUCCCCUGGAAGCACGCGGCCAAGCAGGACUACAGGCAGCAGCAGGACGCCGCGCUCUUUCGGGCCUGGGCCAUUUAUAAAGGUAAGUACCAGGAAGGCACAGACAAAGCUGAUCCAUCUGUCUGGAAGACCCGCCUGAGAUGUGCCCUCAACAAGAGCACAGACUUCCAGGAAGUGAUUGAUCGGAGCCAACUGGACAUCUCUGAACCCUACAAGGUCUACCAGAUCAUCUCUGAAGGAGUCCGAAACCUGGAGGAUGAAGGGCAGAAGGGCCAUCUGAGAGCCCCCAAAGAUCUAUCAACUGAGCCUCUCCAGAGGCCAGACCAGGCUGGCUCAGACUCAGCUGCUGAAGACACUGGCAAGGAAAGGAUUUCCAAGGGCUGCCAUCAGGUUUCCCCAACCCCCUGCUUUACCAGCCCAAAGACUGAGUCUGGGUACCAAGUAACAGGCACGUUUUACAGUUGGGACCCUUCACAGAGCCACCUUCCUCUAAACCUGACCUCCCGUGAGAAUGUCAGCACCUCUGACUGCUGGCUUCACAUCCGUCUGUACUAUCGAGACGUCCUGGUGAAGGAGGCCAUUGCUCACACUGCCGAGGGCUGCCGCUUGACAACCCAGCCUGUGCCCAUGGACAGCCCACAUCUCUAUGGCCCUGCCAGGCUGGAGCAGAUCCAGUUCCCGUCACCUAAAGCUCUGCCAGGGGCCAGCCCACCUGUCACCCAGAUUCUGGAGCGCCUCUUGCCUCACCUGGACAGAGGAGUCCUGCUCUGGGUAGCUCCUGAGGGGGUCUUUGCUAAGAGGCAGUGCCAGGGCCGGGUUUACUGGCGAGGCCCCCUAGCACCCCAUUGUGACCAGCCCAACAAAUUGGAAAGGGAGAAGACCUAUAAGCUGUUGGACACCCAGCAGUUCCUGUAUCAGCUGCAUCGACACCUAUGUCUUGGGGAGCCAGCACCCCAGUACCAGAUCCAACUGUGCUUUGGAGAGGAGUACCCAGGUCCAGGUUGCCAGUCCCAGGGAAGGCUCAUCAUGGCUCACGUGGAGCCCGUGUUUGCCCGAGAGCUCUUCUUGCACUCCAGGCGUCUCAGUCCCCAAGAUCCUUCAGGUUCCCAGUCCACCGCUCCAGAGAGUAUAGCCCACCUUCUGAACCAGCCAUGCCAACCCUAACUAUGGCCCCACGCCAUCUCUCGAGCACAGCCCCAUCAUCUCCAGAGCACUUCCCCUUUAUUGUUCCUCUCUGACCAAGCUGGGCCAGUAUACCUGGGGCUUCACCUUGUCAACUCUCAAGCUCAUAUUGCUCUACCUCAAAACAGGUUUUGUGUACGCCUGUUGGAUGGGUGUGUUGGGGGACAGGGGGCCCAAUGUAUAUGUAUAAACUAAA